AUGGAGGAAACAUAUAAAGAUAGGACUUCAUUAGUGAAAGGGGCAAAAGAUAUUGCCAAAGAGGUGAAGAGGCAAGCGGUGAAAAAAGUGAAUAAAGCUGUUGAUAAAGCUCAGGAUGGCUACACACAGAGGUCCUACAACCGAUUCCAGGAUGAGGAAGAUGAUGAUGAUUACUAUGUCCAAGGAGGAAAUUAUGGUGUAGAAGCUAAUGAUGAUGAAGGAUCAAGUGAAGCAACUGAAGGGCAUGAUGAAGAUGAUGAAAUUUAUGAAGGAGAGUAUCAGGGAAUUCCCAACAUCGGGCAGGGCAAGGAUGGCAUGGUGACCUUAGGUCAGCCUAUGCGCGAUGAAUAUAAGGACCGUCAUGAACUGGAAACAGAGAGGAAAGCUGAUGAAGAAGAGCUAGCACAGCAGUAUGAACUGAUAAUACAAGAAUGUGGCCAUGGUCGUUUCCAGUGGGCCCUCUUCUUUGUGUUGGGAAUGGCCCUAAUGGCUGAUGGGGUUGAAGUUUUUGUAGUUGGAUUUGUGUUGCCCAGUGCUGAAACAGAUAUGUGUAUACCCAAUUCUGGAUCAGGAUGGCUUGGUAGCAUAGUGUACCUUGGGAUGAUGGUGGGGGCAUUCUUCUGGGGAGGCUUGGCAGACAAGGUGGGAAGGAGACAGUCACUCCUGAUAUGCAUGUCUGUCAAUGGAUUCUUUGCCUUCCUUUCAUCAUUUGUCCAGGGCUAUGGCUUCUUCCUCUUCUGUCGCUUGUUUUCUGGAUUUGGGAUCGGUGGAGCUGUGCCAACAGUCUUCUCCUAUUUUUCGGAAGUGCUUGCUCGGGAGAAACGAGGCGAACACCUGAGUUGGCUCUGUAUGUUCUGGAUGAUUGGCGGCAUCUACGCUUCUGCAAUGGCUUGGGCAAUAAUUCCUCAUUAUGGAUGGAGUUUCAGCAUGGGCUCUGCCUACCAGUUCCACAGCUGGCGAGUAUUUGUGAUCGUCUGUGCACUGCCCUGUGUCUCUUCUGUGGUAGCCCUCACCUUUAUGCCAGAAAGCCCACGGUUCCUGCUGGAGGUUGGAAAACACGAUGAAGCUUGGAUGAUACUCAAGCAAAUUCAUGACACAAACAUGCGAGCUCGUGGUCAGCCUGAGAAAGUCUUCACAGUUAACAGAAUCAAAACUCCAAAGCAGAUAGAUGAGCUCAUAGAAAUAGAGAGCGAUACUGGAACUUGGUACAGGAGGUGCUUUGUUAGAAUUCGCACAGAGCUAUAUAGUAUUUGGUUGACAUUUAUGAGAUGCUUCAGCUACCCGGUGAAGGAUAAUACAAUCAAACUUACAGCUGUAUGGUUCACCCUGUCUUUUGGCUACUAUGGCUUAUCUGUCUGGUUUCCUGAUGUCAUUAAACAUCUGCAGUCAGACGAGUACGCGUCCCGAGUGAAACAUUUCCGCAAUGAGGAGGUUUCACAUUUCGUCUUCAACUUCACACUGGAAAAUCAGAUUCACAGCAAUGGAGAAUACAUCAAUGACAGGUUUAUUAUGAUGAAGUUUAAAUCAGUAACCUUUGAAGAUUCACUUUUUAAGAACUGCGUGUUUGAAGACAUUACUUCACUGAACACGUACUUCAGGAACUGUACUUUCGUGAAUACCACCUUCUACAACACAGAUCUCGAGCAAUAUAAAUUUGUUGACAGCGAAUUGAUAAAUUGCACAUUUUUCCACAUCAGGACAGGAUGCCAGAUUUCUUUCGAUGAUGACUAUAGUGCCUACUGGAUUUAUUUUGUUAAUUUCCUGGGAACUUUGGCAGUGCUACCGGGGAAUAUUGUGUCUGCUCUCCUGAUGGAUAGAAUUGGACGGUUAACGAUGCUAGGUGGUUCCAUGGUUCUCUCUGGCAUCAGCUGUUUUUUCCUGUGGUUUGGGACCAGUGAAUCCAUGAUGAUAGGUAUGCUGUGCCUCUACAACGGCCUCACCAUCUCAGCAUGGAACUCUCUAGAUGUCAUUACUGUGGAGCUGUAUCCUACAGACAGAAGGGCAACAGGCUUUGGCUUUUUGAAUGCACUAUGCAAAGCCGCAGCUGUACUUGGAAACUUAAUAUUCGGUUCCCUUGUUGGCAUCACCAAAGCAAUCCCUAUUCUCCUUGCUUCUACUGUUCUAGUAUGUGGAGGUCUGGUAGGACUUCGGCUUCCUGACACAAGAACCCAGGUGUUGAUGUAA